UCAGUGGGAGUGUUUUGUCUUUUUCACAGUCUUCCUCCUCUGUACACACACACGUUCACAAGUGCACCUCAGAUGACGACGCAUUGGAUGUUUGUAUAAUAAACUUCGGAGCAGAAAUGAGCGAUCCUCUCCUUAACCCACUGACCGUCAUAUGUGCAGGAUCCUGCUUUGCCUUCUCAGGACUGUUUUAUAAACUCUACGCCGAAAAAAGACAAGAAAUACAGAAGCUGAAGGAGAUCCCAAACUUUCAAGCAGACCAUCACCUGCUCAGGAUUCUGAACGCAUCGUCCAACAAAAGACUUAAUUAUGUUGCUGUAGAAGGACUGGUGCAGGCCAUCGGAGAGCCCAUUUCCAGCAGGAACGUGCCACAGUGUUACGGUGUCGUUCAGAAGAUAACUGUGCAGGAGCACUGGAAGCACUGGAACUCUGUUCUCAAGUCAUGGGUCCCCAAAAAAUUGAACAAGAAGCAGAGCACCAACACGGUGCCCUUCUGCCUGAUCCAGCCCGGGUCCUACACCAGUGAGGUUUCGGUGCGCGUGGACUCGCCUCUGGAGGCGUCCGGCGAUUACCUGGAGCAGGUGCACAAGCGCCUCAGGACCGCCAAAGAGGGGCUGGUGGACGUGGUCCUGCAUGAACUGAGCGGAGAGAAGCCUGUGGCCCAAGAGGAGCGCGAGGAGCUGCUGCGUGUGGGGGCGUGCCUCACGGGGUUCGGGGAGCUCGUGCUGGAGCAGGAUAAGAUCAUGAGGUUGCAGACACCCAGAGAUGGACGCAGCUUUGUCCUGAUCCCUGGAGAUCACAGGAGCUUCAUGCAGAGACACGAGAACAGCGCCAGCAUGUGGAAAGGGCUCACGGCUCUGUUUGGAAUAACGGGCUCUACAUUAUUAGCGGGGUUUAUCCAUAGCAGUCUUAAGGAUAAAAAGAACUAGCGCACUGCGUUAUGCGUCAAAAUCAUGCUACAGUCUUUGAUUUUAUUUCAGGGUUUUUCAAGUGAUUCAAACUAUCCUUAAAUCAGCGUUUCUCUUUUUAUAUGAAUCCAAUAUUUCAGAUACCUUGUGUUUGACUGUGUCACCGAUAUUAAAAGCUAUUCACAACUCA